GUGUGAAUUGAGGAAAGCUGUCCUCCUGCGAGCUCCCAGGGGGUGACGUGCACUUAGAGAAACUCGGGGAAGGCCUGGGUGUGCGACCCCUCCUCUGCGGCAGCCGCGCCGGGGCCGACUCUGAAGGCUUCAUGGGGAAAGGAGGGUUUUUCAGCAGGUGGUGGCGGAGCGGGAGGACGAUAGGGCAAGUGUGUGAGCAGAAGCAGCCAGAGGGCUGGGUCUGUGGCUGCCCCCUGACCACGUCCCUCUCCCUGCUCUUCGUGGCCCAGCUCUCCCUCCGGACGGUGAACUCCUCCCGCUCUGCCUAUGCCUGCUUUCUCUUUGCCCCGCUCUUCUUCCAGCAAUACCAGGCAGCCACCCCUGGUCAGGACCUGCUGCGCUGUAAGAUCCUGAUGAAGUCUUUCCUGUCUGUCUUCCGCUCACUGGCGAUGCUGGAGAAGACGGUGGAAAAAUGCUGCAUCUCCCUGAACGGCCGGAGCAGCCGCCUGGUGGUCCAGCUGCAUUGCAAGUUCGGGGUGCGGAAGACUCACAACCUGUCCUUCCAGGACUGUGAGUCCCUGCAGGCCGUCUUCGACCCAGCCUCGUGCCCCCACAUGCUCCGCGCCCCAGCACGGGUUCUGGGGGAGGCUGUUCUGCCCUUCUCUCCUGCACUGGCUGAAGUGACGCUGGGCAUUGGCCGUGGCCGCAGGGUCAUCCUGCGCAGCUACCACGAGGAGGAGGCAGACAGCACUGCCAAAGCCAUGGUGACUGAGAUGUGCCUUGGAGAGGAGGAUUUCCAGCAGCUGCAGGCCCAGGAAGGGGUGGCCAUCACUUUCUGCCUCAAGGAAUUCCGGGGGCUCCUGAGCUUUGCAGAGUCGGCAAACUUGAAUCUUAGCAUUCAUUUUGAUGCUCCAGGCAGGCCCGCCAUCUUCACCAUCAAGGACUCUUUGCUGGACGGCCACUUUGUCUUGGCCACACUCUCAGACACCGACUCGCACUCCCAGGACCUGGGCUCCCCAGAGCGUCACCAGCCAGUGCCUCAGCUCCAGGCUCACAGCACACCCCACCCAGACGACUUUGCCAAUGACGACAUUGACUCUUACAUGAUCGCCAUGGAAACCACUAUAGGCAAUGAGGGCUCGCGGGUGCUGCCCUCCAUUUCCCUUUCACCUGGCCCCCAGCCCCCCAAGAGCCCCGGCCCCCACUCCGAGGAGGAAGAUGAGGCUGAGCCCAGUACAGUGCCUGGGACUCCCCCACCCAAGAAGUUCCGCUCACUGUUCUUCGGCUCCAUCCUGGCCCCUGUACGCUCCCCCCAGGGCCCCAGCCCUGUGCUGGCGGAAGACAGUGAGGGUGAAGGCUGAACCAAGAACCUGAAGCCUGUACCCAGAGGCCUUGGACUAGACGAAGCCCCAGCCAGUGGCAGAGCUGGGUCUCUCAGCCCUGGGGAUCAGAAAGGUGGGCUUGCUGGAGCUGAGCUGUUUCACUGCCUCUCGCAGGCCCCAGCUGGCUGUCACUGUAAAGCUGUCCCACAGCGGUUGGGCCUGGGCCCUGUUAUCUCCCCACAACCCCCAGCCAAUCAUGACUUUCCAGACUUGGCCCUGAACUACUGACGUUCCUACCUCUUAUUUCUCAUUGAGCCUCAGGCUAUACUCCAGCUGGCCAAGGCUGGAAACCUGUCUCCCUCAGGCUCACCUUCCUAAGGAAAAUGUCAUAGUAGGUGCUGCUGGCCCCUGGUGAUCCAGCUUCUCUGCCAAUCAUGACCUGUUCCUUCCUGAAGUCCUGGGCAUGCAUCUGGGACCCCCGUGGAGCCGACCGUUUUCCUUGCUUUCCUGAUACUCUUUGGCGCUGACUUGGAAUUCUAAGAGCCUUGGACCCGAGUGUGUGGCUAGGGUUGCCCUGGCUGGGGCCCGGUGCCCAGACUCCCAAGCGGCUCUGUGCAGAAGAGCUGCCAGGCAGUGUCUUAGAUGCGAGACGGAGGCCAUGGCGAGAAUCCAGCUUUGACCUUUAUUCAAGAGACCAGAUGGGUUGCCCCAGGAUCCGGCUGCCAGCCCUGAGGCCAAGCACGGCUGGAGACCCACGACCUGGCCUGCCGUUGCCCUGAGCUGCAGCCUCAGCCCCAGGAUCCUGCUCACAGUCACCACAGGUGCAGGCAGGAAGCAGCCCUGGGGGACUGGACGCUGCUAUUGAUUCAUUAAAAAAAGAAAAGAAAAAUACA